GUCGUUGAACAGCGACGAGCAGCCUCUCUUCCCGCCAAGUUCCAGCGCCAACGCAGCGCUUGAUCACACCUCCAAUGAGCGGCAAACAGUCCAGGUUCUGAGCUCCAAUGGUAUUCUGCUCAAGUCCUGGCAGAUCUUCCGUCGUGGAGGGUUCAUUUUUCUGCCUCUCGCGGUUUUCCUGCAAGUCAUGACCUACGUUUCCUUGCCCUGGUUCGCUCUGAACGGCAAUAACUGGGCUUCCCCGCUUGUCCGCUUUUUCACGCUCGUUGGCGCGCUAGGAUUGACCCUGGUACUGACGAUGGAGACGGCCCUUGCCGUGUAUGUCACGCGCAAGGACUUCCAAGGAGAUGGAUCCCCCUCAACCGCACGGAUUCAAGCCUCUGAGACCCUGGCUGGUAGCAAUAUUGGAGGGCCGUGGCAAAUCUGGGGAACGAGUGUCAUCAACAGCGUGAUACUCUACGGGCUGGGAACUGGCACGUUUCUUGCCGUAGCCCGCGUAUUCUUCACCUUGUUUCCUUGGUUCAGCCCGCAACCCCCCCACACGCGCCUAGAGGUCGCCCUUUUCUUCCUGUUCUGCAUCUCGUUGAUUACGCUGACCACCUCGCUAGGCAGCACCCUGAUCCUCGCACUGCCAGCAGCGUUCAUCGAGGGAAGCACAAGCAUCGCUUCCAACCUACGGAGCGUGCGACUGGGAAAGGGCCAACGCCUGCAGAUGUUUGGCCUUUUUGCAUUCAGCCUGAUGUUCAACCCCCUCGUUGAUUACAUCUUUCUUGGGUUUACGCCCCAUCUGUGGGGUUCCAGUUGGGUGGUUGUGGCGACAGUUCUGGGGUUUUUGGCCAUGGGCCCAGCGGUUGCGUACUUUCAGGUUGUUUGGGUGGUGGCUUAUCUUUCGGCUCGGAAAAGAGAGGAUCCAACAUUCGCGUGGCCCUCAGCGGAGGAAGCCUUGUUAGUUUAGGACAACGUAUGGCAUAUCUCGAGUCGCAUCAGUUGAGCCAGAACCAAGCUCUCCUGGGCGCUUGUGCACUAUGUACUAUAAAACCGUCUCUUCGUUUUUAAACUGUCCGAGAGUGUUUUUUGAUUGCAAGAUUUCGAGGUUCGAUUCACUUGAGUGUAGAUGCCACUUCGACCGAGCUCUCAGUACACGCCUUUCAACAACGUAACAUGCCAGACAUUCGAGCGCUGACGUAAGCCGACUGGGUACUUUCCAACAGGCUUCGAGUUCGUGACAAGAAUUGUACUUAAUCAUAUUGUACCCAAUUAUAGCGCGUGGCAGUUGUA